UUACAAAGAAGUUCCUCGUUCAUGUAUUCUAACGUAAUCCUCAAUAUCUGGAUACCAAACCCUCAAAGAUUAAAAAAAAUGUAAUUAGAUGCGUCAUUUAAACGACUUUAUCAACCUAAUUCUGCCCAACCAGACAUAGUGACGCCCCUAGAAGAUUCCAAAAAAAAUCUUUUCUCAACAAAUUAGGCAAAUAAUCUCAAAAUGAGCCACAAUUUAACCUUUUUGCCGGCAAUUUCAUCCCAUUUAAUGAAUAAAAUAAUUGCAAAAUCCCACCGCUGACCUUCCUUUAGGCACGCCACUGACUCUUUUUUUGUCUCUAAACCACAAAACACUCAAACUUUAUCGUCAAUUCUCGCACACACAUCAGCAAAAAUUCUCUCUGAUAAAAUUUUCCAAGAAUACAUAACGCGGUGCGUUCGAUUUUGCUAUCUUAUCUGUUGGUUGAGCGAAAGAAAGGAAAAUACGCCUUCAUAUACCUGAUAAACGCAAUUUUUUCACACUUCUCUUACUCACCAAUUGCCGCACACAAUUAGAUCACGAAAAGUUCUUGCCAGGGAGUUCACGAUUUUGUGAAUUCCAUAAGAAUUUAUUCAUUUUUUUCUUUUUUUUUUUUAAAGAAAUCUUUUAGUGAGGAGUUUUAAGGAACAAAAAGUGUGUGAAGAUGCUACGGGAGAGAGGAUAUUUUAUCUUCCUCCUCCUAUUUGCGAGUGAAUGUUUAAUGGUGCAUGGAAGUGAUUACAGUCAUGAAUACAUUGAGGACGUUGAUAAAAAUGCGGGUGAUCAAUUUGUGAGCAAUGAAGACGUUGAAUUAUUGAGGCCAGAACGGGUGAAUCAUGAACCCAAUGAAGACUACGAUCGUGAAGAUACGGACACUAUUUUCCAGAACACCCCACCGCAGGUUCACUGCAUCCACCGCGAUCAGGGGCGUAUUUGUGAUUGUGGAUUUCGCAAUGAGGAAGCCGUCUUGCCCAUAAUGAUGGGGAGUAUUGCUCAUGUGACGGUGAGCAAUUGUAAAUUCGUCCGGGUACUCAAUGGCACCUUCAGCGCCCUCACAAUGCUCACACGGGUCACCUUUGUUAACAUCGAGGAUCUCGUGCUGGAUGAAAACUCCCUCUCAUUCCCACGCCAAUCCCUACAGCUACGUGUCACGCUGUCUUUCGAUAAUGUCAUCAUUGAACAAAUACCCUCUCAUGCCAUUAAUGGCUUCAUCAAUGGGCUAACGUUUGAGAGGUGUCGCAUUGGGUGGAUCAGCCCCUUUGCAGUGACGGGAAUUAGGCUUAGACUUGAUGCAUUUGCCAUUCGAAAUACCUUCAUAAGUCGCAUUGAGCAUCAGGCAUUCAAAAAAUUCACCACUUCCACAUUCCAAAUUACAAAUUGCACCGUAAGAAGUCAACUACCCUCGAGGAGUUUCUACGAUCUCGACGUUCUAAGUUCUCUGCACAUCUCCCAUAAUAACUUCACAGGACGCAUCCAUUCGAGAGCUUUUGAUUUUCAAGUUGUGAGCAACGUUGGGAUCUUCCAGAACUACUUUGGAGGCCUCAGUGGGCAGAGCUUUGUCAUGUCAACCAUCAAUAUGCCCUUCAUAACGGAGAACAACAUCAGUUUGGCUGAAACACGAGCUUUUAUUGCCAUUGUGGUUGAGAGGGACGUCCAGCGACGGCUCAAUGAGCCCUUGUUUUUGGAUUUCUCCCGCAACAACUUCGACACCCCCGACUGGCCUCAACCACUGAUCUUUGCCCCGGAAUUUCGUCUCAUCUUCACGCGCAAUCAAUUCAUCACGCCCAUCACGUGUGCCCAACUAAAUCGAAUACGCGACAAUGAGUUCUUCAAUCUCUUCUCCAGUGAAACCUUCUUUAGGCUCAGUGACUACAUAAUUGACGGGGGUAGUGCGGAAGUUGGUGGGAGGGAUGAUGUCUUCUCAUUUGCCUACAUUACUGAGAAUUUCUGCAUUGAAUCAUCCUACUUUUGGUGGAUUAUCUUGGGUAUUAUUCUCUUUGUUCUCCUCCUACUUGUUAUCUUUAUGAUUCUCCUGUGUGUCUGGUGGAGGAAGCAAAAGGAAAAGAGACGAUUGGAAAUAAUCCAACCAGAGGGAAAAACCUACCGUGAAACCCAAAUUGUCAUGCAAAUUGAAAAUCAUGGACUCUUGAAGACUGACUUGUAAAACAAAUUCUUAGUCACACGAAUGUUAAUUUAUGUGUAAAAGAUUUUUAGUUAUUUAAGGAAUUUUCUUUUGUGUAGAAAGAGGCCGAAGUCUAACUAUGUAUUAGGCACACUACUAAGUCAAUUUGUGAUCAAAUGUUCCUAGAGGAAAUACAAAGAAUAAUGUAGGAUAGGGAAGAACAAAA